GGACUCGCUGUUGUCUCCAUUCGGAAAGAUCGGCGGCAGCGGAGCGGGUCAGGCAAAUAUGAAGAUGCAGCUGGACAACCUAUUCAACUUUAAGCAAAACUGACCUGACAUUGCAACUUAACUAAGGAACUGCUCCAAUCCAGCAGCAUUCCAUCUAUCUGCAUUUUAUUAAGCAUUUGGACAAUGGAUCGCGCUAGAAUAGCUAUUUCUAGUUUGCUUGGAUUUGAGCCAAAGUCAUAUACACGUUUCAGUCUAACGCGACGAACUGAUGGGGAUGGCAGUAGAGUCGAAAUGAAAUUAGCAGAAAAUGAGAAUGACGAAGAGAUGGGAGAUGCGAUGGCAGAUGGCAUGGAGACUCAGAUAGAGAAACCUCACAAUAACCAUAAGACCCGCUGCUAUUUGAUGAUUGCUGUGUUGCUUGUUCUAAUAGGGUUUCUAGUUGGUUAUCUGGCAUUUCGUGGUCAAACACCAGGGAAGUCGGUUUCUUUGUCAGACCAACCUACUGAAGCAAGUUAUACUGAUGAUGAUGAUGAUGAUGGCAAUGAUGAAUUUGUUGCUACAAAUGAGGAAGAAAUGUCACUCGCAUUCUCUGAUAUUAAGAAAAUGCUGACAGAUAACUUGGAUUCUUCACAGUUUCUGCAUGACAUUAACAAAGUUUCUGACACAAGCAAUCAUGAAACUGGAUCUGUUGGAGAUCUGACUAUCACUCAGUACAUCCGUCAAGAGUUUUUGAAGAACUUCGAAAAGCACAGCGUCUGGACUGACACUCACUAUGUAACGUUGCAGUUUAACAGUGCAUCUCCAAAUAGAGUCUGGAUUGUUGGUGGUGAAAAUCCUGGAGAGAUUCAAUUAGGACAGCAAAACCCAAAGGUCUUCUGCCCAUACAGUGCAACUGGUAAAUUCACGGGAAAGCUUGUUUAUGCCAACUAUGGAACUAAAGAUGAUUUUAAACUUUUGAGCAGCAUGAGCGUGCCGGUCAAUGGAAGUGUUGUUGUUGUUCGUGCAGGAAAGAUUAAUUUUGCUGAGAAGGUUACUAAUGCUGAGAACAUGAAAGCUGGAGGUGUUCUAAUCUAUCCUGAUCCUGAAGAUUAUAUCCUGGAUCCAGAUGUAGCUAUGUUUGGACAUGUUCACAUGGGCUUAGGUGAUCCGCGGUCUCCUGGAUUUCCAUCCUUCAAUCACACACAGUUCCCACCAACUAAAUCGUCAGGACUUCCUGGAAUCUUAGUUCACUCAAUUAGUGCAAAUGCAGCUACGUCACUUCUCAAUAAAUUGGGUGGUGAAACAUCUCCAUCUAGUUGGAAGAGCAAAGCAACCAAAAUUGGGCCAGGGUUUGCCAACGAUGAUGAACGAGUAAUGAUGGAAGUGAAUAAUGUUGAAGAAGUAAGAGGAAUGCACAAUGUCUUUGCAGUUGUUAAGGGGUUUGAAGAACCAGAUCAUUAUGUUGUAAUUGGUGCUCAGCGUGAUGCCUUUGGCCCUGGUGCGGCAGAAUCUGGAGUGGGAACUGCUUUGCUGUUGGAGCUGUCCAGAGUCUUUACGAGAAUGGUUGAAGAUGGUUUCAGACCCAGAAGAAGUAUUAUCUUUGCAAGCUGGAGCGGUGGUAGUUUUGGAGCAAUUGGAGCAACAGAAUGGCUGGAGGGAUACAUGUCUGUGUUACAUUUGAAAGUCUGUGCCUACUUUAGUCUUGACAGAGCUGUACUAGGAGGCACAAAUUUUGAAAUGUUUGGCAGUUCCAUGUUGUAUAAUCUAAUUCGAGAAACAAUUUCCAUGGUAAAAAGCCCUUUUUCACCAGAUAAAUCUAUCUACGAAAUGGCUGAAGCAGGUGCCGGUGACUGGCUGAAAGCAGUUUUGCAACCAAUUCCAAUGGAUACCAGUGUUUAUGCGUUCUUGGCAAUCGGUGGGAUUCCAGCUAUGGGACUCAGUUUUACCAAGGAUAAAAAUUACCCAUACAAUACAAAAGAGGACACAGUCAAUACCCUCAACAGGUUUACUAAUGAUAACUUGAACGCUGUAACCCGUGCCAUGGCAGAAGUUGUCGGGGUUGCUGUGAUUAAACUAAUCCAUCACCAUCAACUUCCACUCGAUUACCACAAGUAUGCUAGUGAUUUGUCUGGUUAUAUUAUUGACAUUCAACGCUAUGCAUCAGAAUUGCAGGAACGUGGACUGACUAUGAGAUGGCUGUUUUCAGCUCGUGGUGACUUCUACCGUGCUGCCAAUACUCUGCGUUCUCAGAUUGAAAGUUCUGAUAUGAAUGAUGUGUUGCUCUGUCGAACCUAUAACAAUCGGAUUAUGAGGGUGGAGUACAAUUUUCUUUCUCCUUAUGUGUCUAUAAAUAAUUGUCCAUAUAGACACCUGCUAUAUGGCAAAGGAAACCAUACCCUUGCUGGUAUUGUGGAGCAGCUGGAACUUCUGAGGGUGAAUCCUGAACUCGUUGAUUUCAAUAUGACUCGUAACGACUUGGCUUAUGCUACCUGGACUGUGCAGGGAGCAGCCAAUGCACUUGGUGGAGAAGUGUGGACCAGCAGCAAUAAUUUCUGAUCAUGUCACUUAUACAGGCCUUCAUCUGGUUUGGCUUCAGGCAUCACUUUUUUAGUUUCAAAAUGCUGAGAUAUAUUAUCCUUAGCACUUGUCACUUAGGUUUUGCAAUUCUGAUAUGGAUUAAUUUAUACUUGUCUUUAAAUCAUAUUUGGAUAUAUGGCAUCUGUUUCUUAAAAUACAAACCUUUUCUGUUGUACAAAAUCUGAGACACAAAAUUGCUUACAAGUAUAAACUUGCAGGUGUGUAUUCAGAUGCCUUAGAAGAACAUUCUCUUCCAACAGUGUGGAGGAAGUGGUAGUAUCUCAGCUGUAUUUGUUAUCUAUAAUCUUGUUGCAUUCUGUAAUGCUGCCACUUAAGCUGUUUAUACAUUAGCCUUAGUGUACUUGGUUUGCUUGUUCUCAGUGAACAGAAUUUGUGCAUCUGGCGGAUAUCCUCUUGUCAAUAAAAACUACAGUAAAAAGUGAGGUCUGCAGAUGCUGGAGAUCAGAGCUGAAAAUGUGUUGCUGGUUAAAGCACAGCAGGUCAGGCAGCAUCCAAGGAACAGAAAAGUUGACAUUUUCUGAUGAAGGGCUCUGGCCCGAAACGUCGAAUUUCCUGUUCCUUGGAUGCUGCCUGACCUGCUGUGCUUUAACCAGCAACACAUUUUCAGCAAUAAAAACUACAGUCCAAGUUUGCUCUUCAUUUUAAAACAGCAGCCAGGGAAGACUGGUUUUAACCAUGUCUUUCUGACAGCUUGUUUUGGCAAAUUAAUUUUCUUGGAUAUAGCACUUUGUGUGAAGUAACUACACAUUUUAAAUCUGGUUCAAGUACCACCUUAGACCAAUGUAGAAGCAGCUGUAAAAUGUGCUUUCAUAGAUAAAUGAUAUGUUGUUCUUACAUCGUUUUAUGGUGAGCAAAGGAGAACUUUAAAACUCUGAAAUAUUUUAAAUUGAACUGAAUGUGCAUGGGGAAUCAAAUGGGUUGAUUUAAUAAGUAAAGUCACCAUAUUCCCCAAGGGCUGUAGAACUGCUCUCUCAUUAGUGAGUGAAGUGAGUUUGACCUGAAGGUCAGUGGGUGAGUUGAGAAUCUAGGACCUUCAUGGUGACCUCAGCCAGUAAUUGAACCCAUGCUGUUAGUGUCAUUCUGCAUUGCAAACCAGCUGUCCAGCCAACUGAGUUAAUCCACCCCAGUAUAAAGAUAGAUAGAGGUAUGAUGUGAAAUCAAAGAAAUAAAAGCUAACGUGAAAUAUGCAAAUAUCACCAGUAUAAAGAAUACUGUAAUGACACAAACUGAGUUAGGAGAUCAGAGAUUUUCAAAUUGUCUUGCAAUUUAAUAAGCUUGUUUAUCUCUCUUCCUCAAAACCACCCACUUCCUAGGUAAUUGCAGCUAUGUCAUUCAUUGCAAGAUGCUGAUGAAACCUUUGAGGUUCCAUCAAGCUUUUCCUCCUAAGACAUUUUGUGUAAUGGAAUGCUCCAGGAGCAUAAUCGUUGUAGACAGCAAGGACCUCUCUGCAUCUUGAAUAUAAUGACAUUACUCCUUGGAGCAGCAUAGCACAGAAGCUGCUGGAAAUAUGAUGUAAGCAAACAAACAGGCGUAUUUUAAUUCAGUGUAAAAACAAAUUUAUGUUGGUUUCUAUGUGGAGAAGAGUUUUUUUUAAGAAUUGAAUCUAAGCCAGGGAAAUUGAAAUGAUUGAGGAGAUGGUGAGAAAUGGGUUGAUUUAAACCUUCGUUAGUCAUGUUAUUCAAUGGCAUCAGUGAACAUUUUAAUAUAAAGUAAACCUUUUUGUUCUAGCAACAGCACUUGCAUCAUGCUAAAUGCUAGUGAUUACACUUUUGAAAAUAAACCAGCACAUAAAGCAGAAUUAGUAUAGCUGAAAGGAAUCCCUUUUAGUUUGUUGGAGAAAUUAGCCCAUGCUUUGAGACAGCAAAAUUUUGUUUUGAAACAAAAUGCAUAUAAUCUCCGAUUUACCCACUGGGUUUGAGGAUGUGGUCUUUACUUUGGUCUAAUAAACAAAAUUUCAGUGCUACUCUGAAGCAAGGGAAAACAGAUAAUUUCAAAGAAUUCAUUGCAUUCCUUUCUGAAUCAAGGCAUCACUAUAUCACACCUUUUGCAAACUAUGUACAUUUUUGUUUUCAAUGAUCAAUAAUUCAUUUGCAUUCUCGCUUGUAACUUUUUUCUUGAGAAAAGCUUUACAAAACUCCUAAGUAAUAGUAGAUUCUUGUUUUUUGAAUCCAUCAUAUUUUUAAAGUAUGGUGUCUGUAAUAUUCAGUGACUUUUCUCAUCAGAUUAGAUUGUUUGGCUUAGAUAAUUGUUCAGUGUCAAGAAACAUGUUUCACAAACCCAUAUGGUAUAACACACAAACUAUGAUCAAAAAUAGAUGGUACAGGAAUUGUAUAGUUUGUAUUUGUUUCGGAAAGUUUCCUUUUUCACAUUUCAGUUUCAUUCAGUUGUUUGGAAAUUGUUUGUACUUAGCUCAGUGCAAUAGCAGUACUUGUAAGUAAUUCGUUACAAUUAUCUGGACUUGAGGAUAUAAGGUAAUCCUUUGUUCAUCAACUUUGUGUUAACUGUAUUUAAAACACACUUGUGUUAUGAGAGAUGGUUUGUUAAAUGGCAUGUCUCUUUGUAAAAUGGAGACUAUUUUGCUGUUUCCAGAAGAUAGUUUGGGUCAGUUAUUGUGCAAAGAACAAAAUUCUACUUUGAGUAGGUAUAAUUUGUCAAAUCACAAUCUGCCUUAAAGACUUUAAAAUUUAA